AGACCUAGCGGUUCCGUUUCCCCUUAACUGAGUUCGAUACAACGGGUCUGACUCUCACGGUAAUAGUCCCGUAUCCACUUGAGAAUUUCCCCAGUAGUAACAGAUGGCGUGGUCUGACCACCGUUGUUCCCUGUGGUUAUCUCUACUCAGCCCUCUGCGUCGGUCUGAGUCCAGCGGGCCUCUCUCUACUGCUGUCUCCCUCGUUUUUCAUUCCGUUUAGUUAUGUUUUGGAGCCAAGUUGGAGCUGAGAGGAGUGUUGACACCACCGGCAGUAUCUCCUGUGACCACUUCCAACAAACACUGCCGAUUCUAGGGAACUCGUAACCUGCUAUUCGUCGGGUUCUCGUUGUCUGUGGAUAAAGGGGGAGGACUACUGCAGUUCAGGGGGACUGGAGAGUUUGCUUCAUCGAGGUUCUCUGAUGAUUAACUGCUUUGAAGAUGAGGAUCACACACAGGUGUCUGGGAAACAUCACCAAGAUGCUGGACUUCUACUCGCAGUUCAACCCUUCGCCAUUGUCGAUAAAACAAUUCAUCGAUUUUGGAAUGAGCGCCUGCGAGAGGAAGUCCUUCAUCUUCCUGAGGAAGGAACUGCCCGUGAGGCUCGCGAAUAUCAUGAAGGAGAUUCAUCUACUGCCGGAGCAUCUGCUGAGAAUGCCCAGUGUCGGAGUAGUUAACAAUUUGUAUGUCACAUCGUUCGAGGAGAUUAUUCACUUUGAGAAGUCUGAUAUCAACGAGAACACAUUGGACAAAUUCUGUCAAGCUCUCGUUAAAAUCCGCAAUCGUCACACUGACGUAGUCGAAGUCAUGGCUAAAGGUAUCCUCGAGCUGAAAGAGUCUCAUGAUGUCGAUGGACAGAUGGAGAACAGUAUUCAAUAUUUUCUAGACAGAUUUUUCAUGUCCAGAGUGUCGAUCAGAAUGCUGAUAAACCAGCACACAAUACUCUUCGGCGGGGCACUCAAUGGCAACGAGAGGCACGUGGGCUGCAUCGAUCCUUGGUGUGACGUUAUUGGUGUCGUUAAAGACGCUUAUGAGAAUGCGCGAUUUCUGUGUGAUCAAUAUUAUCUAGCCAGUCCAGAAUUGAUUGUGAAACAGCAUAAUGAACUUGAUCAUGGCACCGAGAUCAGGAUAGUUUACGUGCCCAGUCACCUCUACCACAUGCUGUUCGAGCUCUUCAAGAACAGCAUGAGAGCAGUGAUGGAGCACCAUGGGUCAGACGCGGAUUAUCCUCCCGUGGAAGUGACCCUGGUCAGGGGAAAAGAGGACAUUUGUCUGAAGAUGUCAGAUCGAGGAGGAGGCAUUCCACGUUCUCAGAUGGACCACCUGUUCAAAUACAUGUACAGCACCGCUCCUCAACCCAGCAAAUCUGAUGCACACACAGUGCCACUUGCUGGCUACGGUUAUGGGCUUCCCUUAUCUAGAUUAUACGCGAGGUAUUUCCAUGGGGAUCUCGUCGUGCUGAGUUGUGAGGGAUAUGGCACUGAUGCUGUGAUUUAUCUCAAGGCACUUUCCAAUGAAGCAAACGAGCUACUACCAAUAUUCAACAAGACAUCAACAAAGUUCUACCGAACUCCCCUACCCACCGCCGACUGGAGCAGCUCCUGCGGGACCGGUAUGGCAACCAGACAGCUGAGCAUGAGCUCCAACAACGUGAAAACCCUGGCAAGGCCCUGCUAGCAGAGCCCAGACGACUCGGACCAACAUUAAUUCACCCCCAUCCCCGUAAUCAUAAACUCUAUUCACCUUAUUCUUCCCUUCACUGUCACUUCAACUGCAAAAGUUGGAGUAAUUAUUUCAAUGCAAUGGAGAAAUCACUGACAAUUCGUAUCACUGCUCUUACGAGAUUUUUUUUUCUUCUACGUAUUUUUAAAUCGAUUUUUUAUUCUAUCAUUUUAAUUAUUACGCGACAAUCGAGCAAUUUUUCCUGAAUUGAUGCGUAGUUUUACGUUGAAAUAUUCUGAUUAUUUUCGUGAAAAUCUCCGACUCGAGAGAAUAAAAAAAAAAUCGAAAACUGUGAUUAUUUAUCCAUAUUACUCAGUCGACGAGCUGAAUUAUUGUUAAUUGUAUGGCACAUUAUGAGGAAUCGUAUGUAGUUGAGGGACAAAGGACAAGACACGCGUGCCAGUGAUUCACUGCACCAAGUAUAUUCAAUGACUAAAUUGUCAACGUCUUUGUACUUUAUAUAUCGAGCUAGAGAUGAGGGAAUAGACAACGGUGUUUUUUAGUUUUAAUAUUAAACUCGAAAAUCGCAUAAUGUCGAAGUUAAUCUCAGAAAUAGGAGUAGAAAAAUUGUACUAAAUUUAGGAGGAAAUUGUGACUGUGAGAUGACGAGUGUAUGGUGAUAUUUGUUAUUAAAAAGUGUUGACAGCACGAGUGAUGCAACGUUAUCAAUCAAUAUGAAUAAAAAUAUCAAUUUGGAAAUGA